GGCUCCACUCGGCCUUAUCUGUAACCACGGCCUGCGAACAAUAUUUCAUUCCCUCCAAUACACAAGGCGUACAUAGUCCUCCGAUCAAGGAAUUUCGUGUAGCUGAGCAGGUACACGCGAAAACGGAUAAACCAUUCAGGAGUGAGGUUUGUUUUGAGGAGGGAUCAAGAGCUCGCCCCUGGAGAGGGAGUAAUCCUCUCCAUUUCGCGCGGUGAUGAUAAAGACCCGUUCUUAUGCUAUAUAAUAAAUCUAGUUUGUCAGUGUGCUGCUGGUUCUGGCAUCUCAUGCACUGGGUCAGACAUUUCAUGUUAUCUUUUCUCAUCUGUGGAUGAUGACUACAAACAACUCGCACUAUAAACCGAUAUUGACCGUGUGGAUGUGAUGUGUUUCUUUGUGUUCUCCGUUCUGACAUAUGAAGUAAGUUUUACAAAAUGACUAAAGACGCUUCUCAUAUUAAAUAUCCUCUGAAUGUGUGUUCCCCGGGGAAAAUGAGUGACACCCGGAAACAGAACUGGGAGGACCCCAUAGGAUCGGUCAACGUGCCCCUGUACAACCGGAUGAACUUUUCUACCGUCCCCCGGAAAGGCGCCCACAGAAAGGCAUGGUGAGUAUAGCGUAAAGUGUCCCUGUCUAUAAUGGGUGCCGUCCAUAAAUCAUAUUUUUAAUUAUGCCACCCCCUCACACUGAAAGGAACGAGUAGAGUUUCUAGCAUUAAUUCACAGUCUCAGGAACGAAUAAUUUACAAAACUCACUGUUAUCGCGUUCAAAUGCGUAAUGUGUGCACAGGGUUGGUUUUUUUUCUUCUUUUUCCCUGCAGCUUGGUAUUGGAUUUAAAUCUCUGGAAAGAAACAUUUGCUGGAGUAAUUUGGGACAAAUAUGGUGAAUUAUUAAUAUUAAAGAAUUAUUUACGAAAUCUUGCAGAGACUGAGAUUCUAGAAUUUCUGAUGAAUUUGUUUUUAAGUAUCACUCCCUGUUGCUAUGACUCACGAACUCUGAAUCACACUCCCAAAUCCUUAUCUUUAUUGAAUACACUACAGGUUUGAUUUUUCGAUUCCUUGUAUCUAACACUGAAAAUUACUUUUCGGUUCAAGGUCGACAAUCUAUAUCUAUGGAAAACUUUGCCAAAUUUUCACAAUUUGAUAAUUGUGAAAUGAAAUAAAAGAGAGUUUUUGACUUCCAGAACACAAACGUCCGAGUUGAAACUACUGACGAGCAAACAUAAUGUAUUGUGGUAUUUUCAAGGGAGACAACUCACAACAUUUCUUCUAAAGAGUCUGCUCUAUAUAUGAAUUGGCAGCAGUCGUGUUUAAGAGUGUUUGAUGAGUGUGUUGUUGCUGGCUUACUGCUUAGUUACAAAUGAACACAAAAAACUGUAACAUAAAAAACACACUGUUUCGGUAGAAUAGAGAAAAAUGCAUGUAAAGUUAAGCUACAAGUUGGAAGGCUGGAUGUGGCCCGGAGACCAAAACAUGCAUUAAGGUGACCUUGAACGGUUGCAUGUCAGGUUAGUAAUUAACGUAAGAGCAUGUUACUUUUAUAUAGUGACGCUUUCUUGGGAAAGCUCUUAAAUGUCUGUUUCUUGCAGCUCGGGAAAAAAAUUAAAGAGGAUUUCGCAAGAGGGUCGUUAAUAAGUACAAUGUAGUGCACUGUACUUAGACAUAUAGAUUUGUGGAGAGCUGACCUCCAGGUGAAAAGUCUGAAAAGAUAGUCAACAUUCACAGAGGACCGUUAAGUCGCUUUUUGGUCAUGUAAUUACUGGUUUGUUUUCAUUUUUUCUUUGUAUGAUUACAAGAUAUUUCAUAUAGUUACACACGCUUUUAUCGGGGUAGUUGUAGAUCUGUAGCUCUCUGGGAAAUAUUGGGACAGACCAGAGAACUAGGUACAGAUCCGCCCCUUAUAAAAACCUGCAAUUUACGGCGAAAAAAAAAAUACGCACGACUGAGGCCAUAUAUCGCUGUAUUUUUCCACCCCUGUCUUAAAAAUUUUGGAUAAGAAAAAUUCUAACAUUUUUUCCCUGAUCUGUCCCAAUAUUUUCCAGAGAACAAAGAACUGGGUGGUAGCAAAGUGAUUGGGGGGAAAUACGUCCUUUGAAGCGUAUACAUGUACAUGUAUUGACGUGGUUGUUCUUUUCUUUCAUUUAUCAUGCCACAGUUUUGCAUUUAGGUAAAUUACACAUCAGGGGGUGGGUGGGUGGGUAGGUGGAUGGUGUUACUUUGGGAAUGGGGCCUCCUAUCGGACCACAGUUUACUGCAUCUUAUUUUCUCACGCUACAAAUCAUUAUCUACAAUUUCAAGUAGCCCCAAUGCCUCCAGGUAGUCAAAAUGGGUCGUGUUUAUAGAGGUUUCGCUCAGUGGGAUCGCUCUACUACAGUAAGUAAAAGAGAUAAUUCUAAACCUUUACCGUAAAUUAGUCAUCUCUUGUGCUUUUUCUGAUUUAUCUAUAAUCUUCAUAGAACACAGCUGUUUUCUCAGAUUUCUUAGAAUAAUUCUAAUCGAGGGCAAGUAUAUCUACGUGAUCCAUUCCUAGGUUUUAUUUUUACUGUACAAAUAAUAAUUUUUAAAAAAAGUCUCCUUCCAGCGGUUUUUAUAACGAAUCUGCUAGCUGAAGGUAUUAAAUAUGAAAAAAAGAUAAUAAUAUACUUUGUUAGUGAUAAACCUCUGUCGUUCCAUUGUGAAUAAUAACCGAUGUUAACUGUGACACAAAAACUAGUGACCUUUGAAAUUUUAGCAUUAAAACUGCAGUAAAUUCUGGUUUGUUAGUCAGUAUUAUGGAGGCAAUAUAAACAACGGAAGUUACUGAUAAUACAAGUUUCUGUGUGCUCCCUUUGUUUUCUCAACAACACAAUAAAAACAAACAUGUUCCUUAUCAGUACAUGAGAGACAAGGCGGACAAUUUCUAGGCCGAAAUACUCCUGUUUGUAUUAGAAAUCAAUAAAAACAACAAGAAGAAAAAAAAUUAAAUAAAAAAUAGGGCACCACUGAGACUAAAACCCAUGUCAUAUUCAUAAUAUUAGUCAUAAUUUAAUGUCUAUUAUGCACACCCAACUUCUUCAUCAACACGGAGGUAUGUACUUUAACAAUGCAAGCAGUGUCGAUCUAGCCAGACCUAUUUAAUAAUUUUGCUAUGAUUUGUCAUUUCACAGUUUGUAUUAAAGGUUUUUCUUCACAUAUCUAGGCCUAAUCCCACUCCGCUUAAAUUCCCAAUCUAGGCCCUAUUUUUUGAGAAUCUACAACUUUUAGGGAUAUUCUGUGCAUCCGAUAUCAUUUACUGGAUGUUGGAACGCAUUAAUUAGAUCCACGACCUCGUGGGGGAAAAUCAAUAAAAUGUGUCAAUUUGCACCUCGCCUCUCGGCACAUUACUCCACGUUUGACACUAAGCCACCGUCGCUUCACUCCAAUGGACACGAGGUCACAUGGUUUGAUGAUGACCUCACGUUCUCUGUCUAGCCCCAGGUGUGUUUACAAAGUAUCGCUUGAGUGUAACAUGAGGGAGGCAGACGAGGACAGCCUCCCGUUCCCGGGGGUCCCAGAUAAUUUUCCCGCCACAGCGACACUUGUUCGUAGUCCUAGCGAAAACAAAAGGUACGUGUCUCUUGAAGUUUUACAUUGUAAACAAAGGCACCUCCGACGCGCGAUUAUUUGACAACAUUGCCCUUUGCCGUCUUCAGUCAUUUUCUCUGGGUACAGCGUUUCGAUAAGAUACUUGUAAUCACACGCUUUUUAAAGGUCUUUCCCCCAUACUGUUCAAAUCAUUUUCCUUUUUGUUUCAAAAUCAAUUAUUUAGUCAUCAAUAGGCCUAGUUGUCACUAAUACAUUGUAUGACAUGUACUGAUGUGGUAGUAUAUGUUAUUUAAAGGAGAGGAUUAUCAAAGUUUGGGAACUAAUGUAUGCAAUCCUUUUGUCUAAUUGGCAAUAAAAUGUUCUGUAUAUAUUCCAAUCAAAAUCAUGCAUAGUAUUUGUCAAAGAAAUUUAGAUCAAUGCACAAUGGCAACAUGGGCAUGGACCAUCAGAAGGGGCUAGGUUGAGUGGGUUGGAUGCCACUGCACCCCUCUUUUUACACACAACAAAAUGAAAAUACUAAUCAAUUUAUAUUGAUUACUAUACUUCAUUGAAAGAGUGAUCCGACAACUAGAUUAGUGUGGGACACUAGUCUUCCUUUGAGCUUUCUAUGAUCCACACAACAUGCAAAUCAAUGGAAGUAGGAAAGAGAAGAAAGUGAAAAAUUGUCCCAUAUUUGAAUAUGUAACUGUUGUAUUAACAUUGGGUGGGGUUGUCACAGCAAUCUGGUAUGGGGCAAGGUCUCUUUUAAAUUGGAAAGUCAUUCUUAUCUUUUUUUUUUUAUAUAUAUAUAAAUUGGGAGAAUUGAGUUUACUGUUUACAGUCUUUUCCAUCCAGAUGAUAUGUACAAGAAUAACAAAACAAGUUACCAUAAUAUUUUCCUGUAUAUUUAUUCAAUUCUUGACUGUUUAUCAAUUUUUCCACCUGGCAGUUUACAUUAUAUAUUUUCAAUUUAUAAGUCUUGCUCUUAAAAUUGGAAAAAUGGUUUUUUUUGUGUUUUUUUUUUUUUGGCAUUUGGAAUAAGUCUGAUAUUCAGUGUAACUUUAAUGGGAGUGACAGGACAGUUCUUUUAUUUAUAAUAAAACAUUUGACAUAGGUAUGCUUGAACCAGAGCAUUGGAAGGAAUUUUUAACAGUCUGGUUAUAAUUUGAGUGAGAUCGCAAACUGCAACUUUGAGAUUGGUGAAAAACAAAUAAUUAUUGGGAUGCAGCCCAAAGAUACACAUAUUACCUGGAAAUGUUUUGUGCACAGUCAAAAAUUGCCAAAAGCAGUUUCACCCUGGCACUGGUCUUAAGUGAUGGAAAUUGGAAGGAGUUAAUGGGUUCUUUUUUGUUAACUACUUUUAAAUAAUAUUGAUUAAUAUUGGAAAACUGCAUUUUAUUUCAAUCUUUAAGGUUGCCACAUAUGUUUAUUGUCUGCACAAAGGAUUUAGUGUGUUUAGUAUUAGAUAAGUUGUGGAUAAAAUAUUUUUAUUGGUAUUUAAACUGGAAGUUUGCAUCAGAUGAUCAGAAACAUUUAUUUUAUAGUCAAGCACUUAGUAUUUAAGACAACAGUAAAUUAACUGAUUUUCUUUUAUAAUGGAUCCAUGAACAUCCCUCCACACAGGGACUUUCGUCCAUUGAGACCUUCCCCAGGGCUUUGCUGUGGGCAUGCCUGAUCAGACAUUGACCAAACCCCUUGCCUCAAUACCCCCCCCCCCCCUUUUCUGAAAUUUUAAAGACAGUCCUGCACAUAAUGAAAGGGAAAGGAAGAAUUCACUGAUGAAAACCAGAGAUGAAUAUUUUCCUAAGUUUGUUCUACAUAUUCAGUUUUUACACAGAAAACAGUACUGUUGCAGUAUAAUAUUUGUAUUCAUGAUUUUUUUUGAAAGGCCUGUUCAAAUUUCUCUUCAUUAGAUAUGGAUCAUUUGUGAGUCAUUCUUGUAACACAUCAAGUAGAGUCACAUUUCAACCUCAGUUCCUUUAUGAAGUUUUUGGGUGUAAAAGUCUUGUUUAGGAACCAAAGUUGAAAAUGGGUGGGUUCCACAUGAUUGCUGUCCUCUCGAUCUGUGUAUCUGCAUAUGAUUGGAUCAAACAGGGAAAAGGAUGACGUCACUUCAGGAACGGAUGAUAAUUCAUUUGUGAUAUCAUGAACAUUUUUGAAAAGACAUGAGGGUAUAUGAAUUGCAACGCUUCACGCUGGCAUACUUCAUGAAGCAUGCUAGCUCUUUGUGAAAAGUACGCUGGCAUCAAGCAUCGCAGUUCAUACCCUUAUGUCUUUUAAAAAAUUCAACUUAUUUUUUAUCUUUAUAUUUUAGGCAUUUCAGUUUUGUCAGAAUUUCCAGUUUUUAAAUUAACAUAUAUACAUACUAUAUCCAGGGGCGUAGCUAUACUGUAGCACUGUAAGCAAGUGCUUACAAAUAUUUUCUUACAUAUUACGAAAAAUGUCCUCAGAUUCUGGGGUGCUGCCGCGCCCCCCCACCCCCCCCCAGACCCCCUGCUUACAAAUAUUUCAAACCUAGGUACACCACUGAUAUCUAUCAAGAUUCAUACGCGCAUUAUUCACAGCUACAGUGCAUUCAUGAGGAAAUGGCUACCAUUACAAUUUGUAAACAUAUCAAAGGCAAACACAUUGGAAGUGUGAAUAUUUGAAUUGUGAGAUUUCUUUCUAUGGUUUGUUAAACAUUGCAGAAAUAUGCAUAACAUUUGUUAGUGGGUUAUGUAAAUUUUUCCUGCAAUGUUUUCAACCUUCAUGUCCCAUUUAACUAACCAGGUUAGGCCUUUUUUUUCUGCAAUGUAUCGCAUUUAACAAACCAGAGAGAGAGAGAAUGGACCUCAGGGGAAAUAUGCAUGUGUCAAUGAUUCACUUUUAAUGUAAUACCUUGAUAGAUCAAGAUUUUAAACAAUCGUUUUUAAGGAAAUAAAUAAUGAAAACAGAAAUGUUUUGCUGGGGUUGGUAUUGCAUGCAGGCAUUGUUUGAUUCUUUAAAACUUACUGACAGGAAGCCAUUGAUGGGCUUUUGAAAUCAUUACAGAAUAUUAUUUACAAAUAGUAUUGAAUCAAGGUAUUGUUGGAUGUGUAAUCACUGUGUUAUUUUAAUAGUAACUUUCCCCCUUUUCAAGUGGCUGAGUUGUUAUGAAUUUUAAGAGGGAAAGUUGAUCUUGAUGCAACAAAAAUGUAAAUAUAAAGACUGAAUUUGAAAUGGACGUUAAUGGAAGACAGAAGUGUACCAUGUGAUGUGUUCUGGUGGAGAAGUGAGAAGCAGUGUUAUUGGAGUAGGACAGGAAAAUAUUUUCCUGUUAUUGUAAUUGUUUUCGUGUGUGACACGAUUUAUAUGACUGAUAAACAUUUAGAUCAAAUUUCACCUACUACGUCUUCCUCGAUGAAUCACGGUUCAUUUAACAGCUUGACUGGUAAAUUGAAUUUGGACCUACAGUGGGUACCUUGUGCAACAGACCUAUGCCUCACAGAACCAGGCAAACUCCAGAAUGGAGGAGUCCAUGACGCCUGACCUCUUCCACUCCCACAACCAUCCAGAAAGGAUGAUCCGCAAAAUGGAGCAGUAUGUGGAGAAGCGGCAGCUGUGUGAUGUCACCCUUGUUGUGGGUAAUAAGCGGAUUCCUGCUCACAGACUUGUCCUCAGUGCAGCUUCAGACUAUUUUGCAGCAAUGUUCAUGAAUGAUGUGAAAGAAGCAUCCAUGGAAGAAAUCCGGAUGAAAGAUGUAGAUCCAGAUGCCAUGGUGGCCAUUGUCAACUAUGCCUAUACAGGUAAGAUUCCCCUACAAGAGGAGACAGUGGAGAGCCUGCUGUCCACAGCCUGUCUUCUCCAGCUGUCUGAAGUUGUGGAGGCCUGCUGCAGCUUCCUCAUGAAGCAGCUCCACCCUUCAAACUGUAUUGGGAUUCGUCAGUUUGCUGAUGCUCAGGGAUGUUCCAAUUUGUACAAAGUCGCCAAUACCUAUCUCAUGGAUAAUUUUGUUCAAGUAAUGCACAACCAGGAAUUUCUUUUAUUACCGGCGGAGGAAGUCUGUCACCUACUUGCCAGUGAUGACCUCAACGUUCCUGAUGAAGAAACGAUAUUUCAAGCUCUGGUUACCUGGGCUAAGCAUGAUUUGGCAAACAGAAAGAUGUACUUGUCCAAACUCCUCUCCCAUAUCAAACUGCCUUUAAUGUCCCCACAGUUUAUUGCUGAUCAUGUGGAAACUAAUGCAUUAUUUCAAGAGGAGAAGGAAUGCCAGGCCCUGAUCAUGGAGGCUUUGAAAUAUCAUCUGUUACCAGAGAGACGGUCCUCCUUCCAGAGUCCCCGCACGAAACCUAGAAAGUCCACGGUGGGAAUCAUGUACGCUGUUGGUGGGAUAGAUUGUAACAAAGGUGCUACUACUAUAGAAAAAUAUGACCUGCGAACAAACUCGUGGACCCAGGUUGCCAACAUGAGUGGACGCCGCCUUCAGUUUGGUGUCGCUGUAAUUGAGGACAAAUUGUACAUAGUAGGAGGAAGAGAUGGACUAAAAACAUUGAACACGGUAGAAUGCUUUGACCCAAAGAAGAAAUCAUGGAACCUGAUGCCUCCUAUGUCCACACACAGACAUGGCCUCGGGGUGGGGGUACUGGAGGGACCAAUGUAUGCGGUGGGAGGACACGACGGGUGGUCUUACUUGAACACGGUUGAGCGGUGGGACCCACAGGCCAGACAGUGGAGCUUUGUGGCCCCUAUGUCAACAUCAAGGAGCACAGUUGGAGUAGCUGUGCUACUGGGAAAACUGUAUGCAGUGGGUGGUCGGGAUGGCAGCUCCUGUUUGAAGACAGUAGAAUGUUUUGAUCCCCACACAAACAAGUGGUUACACUGUAGUCCGAUGUCCAAGAGGCGUGGUGGGGUGGGAGUAGCCACCUGUAAUGGCUUAUUGUAUGCUGUUGGGGGUCAUGAGGCCCCAGCCUCUAAUCCAUCUUGCUGCAGAUUUGACUGUGCUGAAAGGUAUGACCCCAAAACAGACCAGUGGACCAUGAUAGCCAACAUCAGUUCUCCCCGGGAUGCAGUGGGUGUGUGUAUUCUUGGGGACAGGGUCUUCGCUGUCGGUGGAUAUGAUGGUCAACACUACCUUCAGGAUGUGGAGUCGUUUGAUCCUGUACUGAAUGAGUGGUCCAAGAUGGCAGCCUUGUGUACUGGCCGAGCAGGUGCCUGCGUGGUCCACGUCCCGAACAGUUGACAUAAAAGGAAAUGGUCACUUGCCUCUCUGAGGAAGUGGCCAUCGGGAUUCUUCCGCCGCAAGAGCAAAAAUCAGGACCGAGACAUGAUUGUGUGACCAGUUGAAAAUAAGGGCUGACAUAUGAUUGACUAAUUAUGGAGGAACAAAUCGUCAGCUUUAGAUGGAGCCACAGUUCACAUAUCAACAUGGUGCUUGUAUGUCUGCCAGGUAUUGGCAGGGCCAAUCAUAAUUUCAAUGCGACUGGUAGUUUUCGGGAUGCAACUAAACACCGUCUCUUUACAACCUGUGAUAAUUACAUUUGGUAAUUGAUGCCUUUUGUACCAAAAAUCAUCGUAAAAUGCAAUGCCAUAUAUUUUCUUUGAGAAAAAUCUGGACUUCAGAAAGUAGUGCAUUAUGAAAAUCAUUUGUAUAUUACCAAAGAUGAAGUGCUAUUGUGUACCAAUGUGUCAUAGACUGUCUCUUCAUGUACAGUUCAUUUUUUCUGCUUUUUUGAUUGGUAGUUUGCUAGUUUUUUGGUGUAUAUAUGUGGAGGUUUGAUGAUUUUUCAGUAUUACUCUCUAUGAGAUGUUUAAAUAAUUUGUGCAAUAAGCUUCUCUGUACCCCCCAACACUGCACGGCUGGCCUCAUUGUUUGGUUGUCUAAAACUAUAAUGAAAGUUUCCUUUGGAAAAAGAAACGAAGCCUCUAAUGAUUGGUUGUAAGGUGUAUUUCACAAAGCAAAAUGCUUUCUGAUUGGUUGUAAUGUAGUUAACCACAUACAAAUUUCUCUGUGUAACCUGCUUUUUUAGAUAUACUGCAAAGAUCUUUAAAAUAAUAUAAACACAUAAAUUACAGCAUUAUCUAAUUAUUGACCCAUACCUGAAGGAUAUUACAGAAAUGCAGAGGGCAUUACAAAUGAGCUUUGCUUUAAAACUGAAUGUCGAAGUUAACAUGAUCUGAAUUUUUGUACAGGUUUGUUUGUUGUGUGUGUCAGACAAAAAUACCAAAUGCUUUAUUUUAUUUUGCCUUAUCGCUUGCCUCCAGUGUUCAGCGAUUUCAGUCAACAUGCUAUUAUUUAAUUCAGGUGUAUCAGAUACCCUUUUCAUUGUCCUAUACAUAUUGUAAAUUGUUUGUCUAAAUGGACCAAUGUCAUAGAAAAUCAUAUGGUAAUUUUUAUAUUUAAACAUAUUUUCCCCGACAUUGCUCACGCCAUAUCAAUCAUUCUGACAUCGAAAAGUGUCUUCCCAUGUAAUCCUACACAGCACUGUUUAUAGUCAGUAAAUGCAUUCAUUUUGUCAAACUUACAACUCAUCAAUUUUUUAUAUUUUAUGUUUUACAGUAGUAAGGGUUAUAAUUCACUUGCCCGUUUACUCCAUUGUUGUAAAUUACUUUCGUAAAUUAAUUAAAUUGUACUUUGAUGCCAAUUAAUUUAUUUCUAAAUCUAAAAUGGGAUAACCACAUCAUCAAAAACAACUACUCUUAUUAUUUUAAGCUAGUGAUCUUGUGUUUAAAAAACCCACCAAAGUACUUGACAUCAUUCUGAUGAACAGGUUGCAAGUGCUUAGUAAUUUUACUAUUCAAAUGCACAACAUAGAACAUGUAUUUUUGUGGUAAUGUUAUUUUAGAAAUGUUCUCUUUUGGUAGUAGUAUCAAUAUAUGUUAAAUUCUUCAGAAGAGAAUUGUAUUAGAUGAUAAAUUCUGAAUUUCUGAUGUAUUUAUUAUAGAUGGACCACUUUUACAGUGUGUUUGGAUUGUUAUGGAAUAUGCAUCUGGUACCCAUGAUUAGUGAGGAGAUUAUUAGUGUGUACAUGUAUUUGCUAAUUAAUGUUUGUUUUAGUGCUGGAUUAUGUGCUUUUACGAUAUUUUGGUUCAGAUCUUAUUUAGUAGAAAAGUAAAUGUUCGUAUUUUGAUACCCACUUUACAUUUGUAACUAUCUCCAGUGUAUUAUGUAAAUAUUUUGAUUCAUUAUUUUUUUAAUUGAGAAAUCAUUGUUUGUAAAAACAAUUUUGAACACAAUAAAACUUCUAAUAGAAAGAA